AUGGAUAUUGCUGACGACUAUAUGAACAAGCGCCUUGUUCGUGGCUUCGAAGAGGGGCUCGCGGAGAUCACGAAUGAGUCUGCCAACCCCACGGCGAGUGAGCUCACCAGGGCGAAAGAGCUGUACGACAGACAGUGUGCCAUGGCUCUUGAUACCUUGGAUCCAAACUCCGAUCCCAUGGUCCCUCGCGAGCUAGACUACCACCUCAUCCACCGCACGUCCCUGCACGACACCUUCCUACUACACCUCUCGCAGCGCGUCGCAGAACUCACCACCAUUGUGCACAGCGACGAGCACGCGGCGGGCAGGCUGCGCAACACGAACCGGCGGCUGGGGGAGGCGGAGCGCGGGCUCGGGGAGCUGCGCGCGCGCGUGCGCGUCCUCGAGGCCCGCGUCUCCGGCCUCGCGCGCUGGCAGGAGCAGAUGCAGGUGGCGGGGGAUGUUGCCUCUGGUGAUGGUUAUGGUGCGGGUGGUGGGAAUGGUGGUGGGGAUAACAAUGGCUGGGGUGGGAGUGGUGGUGAGGGGAGGAAGAGGGCUAAGAAGCGGAAGGGGAGGGGUGGGGAGGCGAUGGCUGUGUCUGGUGGUGGUGGUGGUUCUUCUGCUGCUGCUGCUUCGGGUGCGGCGGGGGAGUUGGGCGAGGUGGAGGCUCUGUUGGCUGAGGUCAUGAAGAGGGUUGGUGAGUUCAAGAUUACCAGUGGUCUUGAUGAUAUCGUGGAGGACCAAAAGACUGUUGUCAACGAGGAUACGGAGAUGACAACUGGCAAUGAGGACAAGGGGGAAGAGGUGGUCAAAACUGAGCCAACAGCCGGAUCGGUUACUGGGUUAACGGCUUGGGGAUGGCCGAGGGACGAUGGGGUGCCGUGCCCUGUGGACACCUCAUCUCCAUGGAAAUGA